ACUUGUCACGUGUGUCACGGCGGUAGAUCCAGCGUGGACUCGGUUCUCCAGAUGGAGAGAGGUCGCAUUGUUGCAGAAGCGCCCCGACCACAACCCCAGCAUGGUCACUUCCAAAGUUGCAGCCCCCCGCACACCUCUCAUGAUGGACGCCUUCUCGCUGGAUGAAAUCCUCUUCUUGGGCGACACGCUGCUCCUCGAAGCGCAACAAGCGCAGCAGAACAUGUACAACAACACUGCACCAGCACCGCAAGACUGCUUCAUCCAGCUCCCUGCAGUCACGAACGCCGUCACGACACCGCAGAACAUGAUUCCGCAGCGACCUUCCGUCGCGCCCUUGGAGAAACCCACCAAAUCCAUGAUGGUGCGGCCGUCCCUGGACGCCCUGCCAGUCCACUCCAGUACUCCCAUGCACAAGGUGGACUCCCCGUUCCUCGUCCGAUCGGAACAAAUGUACUCUGCCACGACGCCUUACUCGAACAGCGGCACGCCCUACUCCAACUGCGGCACACCCUACUCGAACUACGGCACGCCCUACUCGAACUGCGGCACUCCGUAUUCUCAAUGCGGCACUCCGUACUCGAACUGCGGCACUCCGUAUUCCCAAUGCGGCACUCCGUACUCCCAGUGUGGGACACCGUACUCGUCAUGCGGCACCCCAUACAACGGCAGCAACGGCGGCAACUCGACUCCCAAAGGCAUCUGUCGCAUUCCCAACUGCACCAAGCGCAUUCGGUCCAAGGGCUUGUGCAAGGCUCAUGGCGGCGGGCGCAAGUGCAGCGUCGACGGAUGCGGCAAGGGUGCGCAAAACGGAGAGUUCUGCAUCGGACAUGGCGGCGGCAAGCGAUGCUCGUUCGACAACUGCACCAAUGCCGCCCAGUCCCAAGGACUGUGCAAAGCCCACGGCGGCGGCUCUCGCUGCAAGGCGGAAGGAUGCAUCAAGAGCAGUCAAGGUCGAGGGUACUGCCGGUCGCAUGGAGGAGGUCGACGAUGUGAAGCCGCCGGGUGCAUGAAGGGCGCGCAGCGAGGAAGCUUCUGCGCAACCCACGGCGGGUUCCGGUCAUGUCACGAAGAGAACUGCACACGGACCGACCGCGGCGGCGGGUACUGCGAAGUCCAUCGCCGCGGCAAGCUCUGCACCGUUCCCGACUGCAAGAAGCUCCAAAAGUCCAACGGCAUGUGCACUGCCCACAUCCGCGAGAUGCAAGAAGAAGCGUCCGCCGACGUCGCCGCCACCGCCACCACCACGACCCCUUAAACUAUUUCCGCAACUUGUGCGGCCCCUUGUAAUAAUAUUAUUCUACACUCCACCAUUACACAAGUAUAUAUAUAUAUAUAUAUAUAUA